AUGACGAUCCUCUCUUCCCUUCGGAGAUGUUCAGCUCCGAUUCUGCUCGGUGUAGCCCUUCUCUGGGCGCAGGAUUCUUGUGCCAUGUCGGCCAAAGGAGCUGCUCCCCGCAGAGAAGUUGAUUUACAGCAAAUACUGGCGAUUUUCCCUGGUCUGGACGCGAGAUACCCCGUGAUCCGUGAAAGCCCUGGCCUCUUGGAAGAUAUUACUGAUUUUCUCGAAGAAAAACAGGAAGUCCCAAAAGAAGAACUAGAGGCUGCUCUCCGCAGGUUCCUCUGUGAAAGGGGAUACACAGCUUUCUGCUGCAGCGCAUGCUACACCAGCACAACGACAUCUGCCCCUGUUACGGAACCGUCCACAACGGAAGCAGUUUCAACUGAGCCAAGUACAACUGAGCCAAGCACAACUCAGGCAUCUUCAACUGAGGCAUCUUCAACUGAGGCAUCUUCAACUGAGGCGUCUUCAACUGAGGCAUCUUCAACUGAGGGAUCUUCAACUGAGGGAUCUUCAACUGAGGGAUCUUCAACUGAGGCAUCUUCCACCGAGGCAUCUUCAACUGAGGCAUCUUCAACUGAGGCAUCUUCCACCGAGGCAUCUUCAACUGAGGCAUCUUCAACUGAGGCAUCUUCAACUGAGGCAUCUUCAACUGAGGCAUCUUCAACUGAGGCAUCUUCAACUGAGGCAUCUUCUACCGAGGCGUCUUCGACUGAGGCGUCUUCGACUGAGGCGUCUUCGACUGAGGCAUCCUCGACUGAGGCAUCUUCAACUGAGGCAUCUUCGACUGAGGCAUCUUCAACUGAAGCAUCCUCUACUGAAGCAUCUUCAACUCAGGCAUCUUCGACUGAGGCGUCUUCGACAGAGGCAUCUUCCACUGAGGCAUCUUCUACUGAAGGAUCUUCUACUGAAGGAUCUUCAACUGAGGCAUCUUCUACUGAAGCCUCCUCGACUGAGGCAUCUUCUACCGAGGCAUCCUCAACAGAGGCAUCCUCAACUGAGGGAUCUUCAACUGAGGGAUCUUCAACUGAGGGAUCUUCAACUGAGGCGUCUUCAACUGAGGCAUCAUCUACCGAGGCAUCCUCAACUGAGGCAUCCUCAACAGAGGCAUCUUCAACUGAGGCGUCUUCAACUGAGGGAUCUUCAACUGAGGGAUCUUCAACUGAGGGAUCUUCAACUGAGGCAUCCUCAACUGAGGCGUCUUCAACUGAGGCAUCAUCUACCGAGGCAUCCUCAACUGAGGCAUCCUCAACAGAGGCAUCUUCAACUGAGGCAUCUUCAACUGGGGGAUCUUCAACUGAGGGAUCUUCAACUGAGGCAUCUUCAACUGAGGCAUCUUCAACUGGGGCAUCUUCAACUGAGGCAUCUUCAACGGAGGGAUCUUCAACUGAGGCAUCUUCGACUGAGGCAUCUUCAACUGAAGGGUCUUCAACUGAAGGGUCUUCAACUGAGGCAUCUUCGACUGAAGCAUCCUCGACUGAAGCAUCUUCGACCGAAGCAUCUUCGACUGAAGCAUCUUCGACCGAAGCAUCUUCGACUGAGGCAUCUUCUACAGAAGCUUCAUCCACUGAAGCCUCAUCCACUGAGGCUUCGUCCACUGAAGCUUCGUCCACUGAAGCUUCGUCCACUGAAGCCUCAUCUACUGAAGCCUCCUCUACUGAAGCCUCCUCUACUGAAGCCUCUUCUACUGAAGCCUCCUCUACUGAAGCCUCCUCUACUGAAGCCUCCUCUACUGAGGGAUCUUCAACUGAAGCCUCCUCAACUGAGGGAUCUUCAACAGAGGGAUCUUCAACAGAGGGAUCUUCAACAGAGGGAUCUUCAACUGAGGCAUCUUCAACUGGGGCAUCUUCAACUGAGGCAUCUUCAACUGAGGCAUCUUCAACUGAGGCAUCUUCAACUGAGGCAUCUUCAACUGAGGCAUCUUCAACUGAAGCGUCUUCAACUGAAGCGUCUUCAACUGAGGCAUCUUCAACUGAGGCAUCUUCAACUGAAGCAUCUUCAACAGAGGCAUCUUCAACUGAAGCAUCUUCAACUGAAGCAUCUUCAACUGAAGCCUCAUCUACUGAAGCCUCCUCUACUGAAGCCUCCUCUACUGAAGCCUCCUCUACUGAAGCCUCCUCUACUGAAGCCUCCUCUACUGAAGCCUCAUCUACUGAAGCCUCAUCUACUGAAGCCUCAUCUACUGAAGCCUCAUCUACUGAAGCCUCAUCUACUGAAGCAUCUUCAACUGAAGCAUCUUCAACUGAAGCAUCUUCAACUGAAGCCUCAUCUACUGAAGCAUCUUCAACUGAAGCAUCUUCAACUGAAGCAUCUUCAACUGAAGCAUCUUCAACUGAAGCGUCGAGUACCGAAGCGUCCAGCACCGGAGCAUCUAGCACCGAAGCGUCGAGUACCGAAGCGUCCAGCACCGGAGCAUCUAGCACCGAAGCGUCCAGCACAGAAGCGUCCAGCACCGAAGCGUCCAGCACCGAAGCGUCCAGCACCGAGGCGUCCAGCACCGAAGCGUCCAGCACCGGAGCAUCUAGCACGGAAGCAUCUAGCACCGAAGCGUCCAGCACUGGAUCGUCCAGCACCGGAGCAUCUAGCACGGAAGCAUCUAGCACCGAAGCGUCCAGCACUGGAUCGUGCAGCACCCAUGCAUCGACUACCGAACCGACCACCACGCUGCCAUCUUCUAGACAAUGCACAACCAGCGUCCCAGAGCCGGAACCUUGUAAAAUCACCAUCACUACCACCAUCGACUGCUUCGUCUCUUUCCUAUACAGGAUUCUCCCCAUAUUGAAGCCUAAUGAAGCCGAAGCACUCACUUCCCACCUGAGAGGAGGCCGUGCAUAA